AGGCUGGCCGAGAUGCGGGAUAGGUUGGCUGAGGCAGCUGGUCCGCCCCAGAGUCACGCCGCCUCCCGCCCGGACCGACUCUGCAUCGUCAACAACAGCAGCAGCAGCAGCAGCGCGCACACACUCAGUCACGACGCGUCACCCUCCCCGCUCUCAUAUCGCCUCGCCGCAGUGACCUGCUCGCCUCACAUCCCCCUUCGUCUUCCCACACGCCCUAAGAUACCGUCGGAGGAGGGCGAGCGAGACGCAUUGCCAGUGUAACCUUAUAACUUAACUUCUGUGUCGUGCCGCCGAAGAGAGGGAGAGAAAGAGACAGGGAUGCUGCAGGCAGUUAGUUGCCUCGUCAUUGUGGUAAUCAACACCGCUCGUCCCUGGCUAACAAGACGCGGGUUGUUGGAGGUGUAAGUGGGUGUUGUGGCCCGGAGUGAGGGCGUCUGCCUCCCUAAACCACGUGCUACUCACCCCGCCAUCGCUGGGUUGUCGAUGCUCCCUCUGUCCGCCGUCGCUGCCAGCCCCGCCCGCCCGUCUAACCUUUUGCAGGCUCUGCAGCCGCGGACGGGCCAGGAAAGUCUUAUCUGCCAAGUGUCCUCUUCGGCAACUCCUCCGGGAAAGCCGCAGAGGCGUGGUUAUUAAGAUUCUGUCUCGCAGGUGCCGUGUGAAGCGUUUUGCUAUCCGCUCAUCCAUCAUUCCGCCUCCCGCGGGGACUUGAACCUCCCCGAGAAGAGAGAAGCCGACAGAUUCGCCCCCCUAACCUGACCAACAGUGAACCAUUGACUAAUACGAGACUGCACUAAGCACUGAAUAUCAGUAGUGAACCAUUAGAUAAGACGAGCCAUAUAGAAAAAAAAAUACAAUAUAAACAAGUUCUAUUUGCAAAAGGAUAUGGUUGGGUAGAUAUUUGAUGAUUUUCUGAUACUUGAGGUAAGAAUCUUCUAAGGUCAAGUGAACAGUACGAUCACAAACGAAGGAACUCUGUUAUACUUCGUGCAUAAGAGAAUACUGGCCUUGAAUUCUGAGGCUGUGAUGUGAAGAGCGUAAAAGCCUUGGAAUACUAAAUCUCUUAAAUUAAUCAACAGUCUUAGGUAAAAAGGCAUCUUAUAUAACUACUAGUGAUUAGACUGUAUCUAUGCAAAUGGGAUACACCAAAACGUAUCAAAGGUGAUGCGAAGAGAAUGCAAUACUUCCUUGGAAUGUUAAAGUCUUAAACUGUCACACUCCCUUCACCACCACGCUCAAGUGCUCCACAUACAUAUAAGAUAAAGUCAAUCACACUUGGAGGCUUUAAGAAUGGCUAAAUCUGACGGUGGCGGGGCGUGAAGGUGAGGGUGUGAGUGAGCCAAGACGGGCCGCCGCUAAGCAGAUCUGGGGCGGAGGGUUGUGGAACACGCCCCGACGGGAAUAAGGAGGGAGUUUGUCAAUAGAAAUAAGCCUCUUUGGGGGAGUAUAGGAUCCGGGGAGUGACUGGGGUGCAAGGACAUGGAGGGCCUUUGAUCGACCACCACGACGAAACAGGAGACCACGAAAACGACCUUCGCUGCUACGGUGCAUUGGAGAGAAAUCGAUUCUUGAGGAACUACAGCAAAUACCGAGGAACAAACAAUAUAACUACUCAUCAACGACGAUAUGAAAUCAAUACAUUUUAUGGAAACUCAAUUCUGACGUAAUAUCAUAAAAAAGUGUCAUAUAAGAGGAAAACUUUCUAUAAAUAUCUAGUGGACGUAGUUACAGGAAGUGCCAUUCUUUAGAGUUAACAAUCGAUCGAUACAACUGUGGAGCAACUAGUAAACGGCGCCUUUGUACCUGCUACGGUGCACUGGCGAGUAAUCAUUUUUUUAGGAAACUACACCAUAACAAUACCAAAUAAGGACGACAUAACUAAUCUAAUCUAAUCAUAACUAAGCAUAGAGACGACAUAAAUUCAUAACCACUUGACUUUUAGUUGGAAACUCAACUUCGUGGCAUAAAACCAGCAAAAACAUCUUCCAAAAAGCAGAAAACAUUCACCAAACAUUCAGCGAACAUUGCUGUGCUACAAGAUCCUCACACAUUUUUUUUUUUUUUAAGUUUACAAGCGACAAACACAACUGAGGAGCAACUAUUAACCGGCUGCUUUGUAAUAAACGGCUCUAAGUGCGAGAUGUGUGAUUCCCAGUGGAGAAGGGGGAAGGAAAAGUAACACGUGUCGACAACUCUUGCUAAGGAGCGAAGGAGUGAGAACAAUGACGGAUCCAGAGCAAGAUAAGACCUGCAUGGCGUUCUUCAUGCUACUCACGCUCAUCCUAACCCUCGGAGGCUCCAAUACGGCACAUGGAAAGGUGCAACACCCGCCUGGCAUCCCAAAACCUUCCUUCGCUGAGCCGAUUAACAACAUCACCAUCAGCAAGGGCCGAGACAUCACCUUUACCUGCGUCGUGAAGCACCUGGGACAAUACAAGGUGGGGUGGGUGAAGGCAGACACCAAGGCUAUCCAGGCCAUCCACCACCAGGUCGUCACCCACAACCCUCGCGUCUCAGUAACCUACAGGGACCGGACCACCUGGAACCUCCACAUCCGAAACGUACAGGAGGACGACCGCGGGGUGUACAUGUGUCAAGUGAACACUGACCCCAUGAUAGCAGAGAUGGCUCACCUAGAGGUCGUGGUGCCUCCUGAGAUCGUGGACAACGCCACCUCAGGGGAAACCACAGUGGAAGAAGGAAACUCUGUCACUCUUACCUGCAAGGCCAGAGGGUUCCCGGUUCCCGUCGUGUCCUGGAAGAGAGAGGAAAAUGCUAAGAUUGUUCUCCGAGACCAAGGCAACAAAAAAGUGAUCAGCACGGAGGGCGAGCAGCUGCACCUCACACGAGUCAAGAGGUCAGACAUGGGUGCCUACCUCUGCAUCGCGAAGAACGGCAUCCCUCCCUCCGUCAGCAAAAGGAUAAUGCUCAGAGUCACCUUCUCCCCGCUGCUGGAGGUUCCCGUGCAUAUGAUCGGAUCUCCUAUCGGGAAAGAAGUGACCAUCAGGUGCCGCGUCGAGUCUUCCCCUAGGGCCGUGACUACCUGGAGGAAGGAGCCAGACGAGCAAAUGAUCAUUGGCAGCAGGAAGUACAGCGUGUCGGAGGAGCCGGAGGGUUUCUACGUCACCCACAUGAGUCUCACCAUCAAGAACUUCACGAGGGCUGACGCAACCACCUACCGCUGCGUGGCUAGCAACUCCCUCGGGGCCAGCGCUUCCUCAGUCCAGGUGUACGAGAUCUUGCCCCAGGAGCCAAUCGUGCCCAAAGAGGAGGAGGAACGGAAGAUGGAGAACAGCAUCCCAAACCCGGACUCGGAGGCGGAGAAGGACGACGACUCUCACUCUUUGGACUUCGAUCACUCCCUCAAAACGACCUACUUUCCCUCAGGCGGCGACUCGGGGUACGAAGCGGAGCAGGAAGCACCCAUGGUGGAGGAGGAAAUCCCGAAGAAAAACUCACGCAACACGAUCUACAGCCUCUUCAACGGAUGCCCCGCCUUAGAAGGGAUGAUGGGAGGCGUAUGGUCAUCGUGGGCGUGGGCGUGUGGGUGUGUAGCCUGGGUGUUGGUGUGGCCCCGUCUCGCCCUCGCUCACUACAACCCUAUACUCUAGAGGCUCAUGAUGUGUGUUGUUGUUGUAUCUAUCCAUAGGUCUGUGUUGUUGUUACGAUUAACGUUACUCGGAACUCCUCAAUCACCCCUUCAACCCUCAGCUCCCUAAGAUCAACCUCACAGUCGACUUCUCCCUGAACAAUGACAAUGAGACCCGCAUACCAGGAUGGGAAGAGGAAUCUGCCGUUUUUCCUAACCUGCAAUUCCUUUAAAGAGGACUUUGUAUCCCCUGAACUCCGGCUGAAUUCAGAAACAGCAUUCCCUAACUCAAGUUAAGGAUUUUACAGUCCCAAAAACCAGAAACUCUGAAGUAGAGGAAUCUGCAAUGAAGUGGUAGUGUUAGCGCUCCCUUUGCUUCUUCAAACCCGGUCAGGGAGAUACAUGCUAUACCGAAACCCCAGAAAAGAUCAUGUGCAAUAUUUUCUUGUAAGCUUCGGACCGGUACAAGGGAAACGCUCUCUCGAAACCCCCAAAAGAGGAGUCGGCAUACUUUCCUCGUGGGCCCCGGACUGCAGAAUCCCUACGGCUCCCUCAGUACACCGGCACACAACCCUGCAUCAGGAAGGUGUUAGCGGCCACAGCCCCCAAUCAAUACCCCGCUCAGGUGACCUUGUAUCACUUCCACGUGUAGCAGCGACUAUACCCUUGAUUAUCGCACCACGUGGAGGACUGACUCCGCUGUGACUUGAGACGACGUGAACCUUGCGACGAACGACAAUAUAUAGAGUUUUGGAAGGAUUGUAUAUGAAGCAAAGAAACCUUAUAUAUAUACACUAGACUUCCCAUUAACGAUCUGUAGUCUCUGGGAAGUUAUAUAUCUAGUGAACAACGAAUAGAGGACAUGAACCAUUUUAUUCUCCCUAUCCCAAUGUCUAUACAGAUAUAUAACUGUUAUAUCCCCAUCCCUCUAUCCUACCCCCCUCUGUCUUCCUCCCUCUCCUCCCCCCCUCACCCUCCCUAGUUCCCCCUCGUGCCCGAAUAAGCGUAACGUGUAGGGUAGACUGGAGUAAAUAUAUAUAUAAAAAGGACUAUUGGUGUACAUAUAGAAACCGUAAGGAUGUUUUUACCCGUAUAUAGAAGAUACAACUAGUGCUUCCAUUGUUCAUAUCAAGAAAACAGGGUCUCUCUUUCACACUGUAAUGGCUGGUCUACACACACACACACACACACACACACACACACACACACACACACACACACACACACACACACACACACACAGCUACACACACACACACACACACACACACACACACACACACACACACACACACACACACACACACACACACACACACACAAAGACAGACACACACACACACACACACACACACACACACACACACACACACACACACACACACACACACACACACACACACACACACACACACACACACACACACACACACACAUACACACACACAUACCAACGAGAGCUUUUCUAGACAAACUGCAUCAAUGCUUUUGGCCAGGAAAAAAAAUCUGUAAUGGGCUACUCAUUAACAGGUGUGAGUUACCUGGCGAAACCUACGUACUUGUUGUUGUUGUUGUUCUUGUCGUUUUGUUUAGCGUGAAAGGCGAUUACAGAUUCGGGAUCAAGAGACCGAACCUACUCAAGUGACGUUUUCCUUGACAAUAAAGAGAAAAUGUAUAUAUAUAUUUUUUUUUCAUUUAUUAUUCGACGGGCAGGAGUGUAGUGAGAAGUGUCAUUAUCAUAGUGUGUGUGUUCACGAUGUAUGAUUUGGUAAAGGACUCGAAAUACUAAAUACCAGGAAAUGUAUCUCGUAUAAAAUUUUAUCAUCACGUAGUGGAUGUGUUUCAAAACCAAAAAAAAACAGUAGAUUUACGAGGUAUUAGGUUAAGAAUCUUUAUAUCACUGAAAUUUCAAUAUAAGAAAUGAGACAAAAACGGAAUAUAAAAAUAGCUGUUGGUGAAAUUAAACUCCAAAUGAAAAACGUGAAAUAUCCAACAAAAAUCACUACGGAGGAAAGUUGACUAGAUGGAAAAUAAGAAAACUUGAUCCUAGACACAUACUAGUGCCGAAAGAACGUGCCAUGCAGUGAUGUAAGAUAACGUACCGAUCGAGUUCACGAGAGUAUGAGUGCGUGUGUCUGUUCAACUGCAUGUAUACGUAUAUUUAUGCAUACCGAAAACUAGUGACGCGAUUCUUGUAUACAAGCAGUGACAUCUCAAGUAAGGAUUCACUGAUACAAGCCAUGAAUGUUGGUGCAUACAAGAGGUUUAUCUGAGUCUAUACUAUACACAAUACAAUACUACAGUGUGUUUGUGUAUAUACAUAGGGUCUUGUAUUACGCGAUGCAUAUCCCAAAUAAAUUUAUAUGAAUAUGUAUGCGUAUGAUAUGACUAUUUACACCAAUCCAUUCACACACACACACACACACACACACACACACACACACACACACACACACGGAAUGAGAGAAGGGAGGAGAAGGAUAAAGAGCCGAGCAGCCCUUGACACACACACACACACACACACACACACAUACACACACACACACAACAAUAACAAGAGUGUGUUUCGCCACCACAGUCACGCUUCAAUAAAUUACUGUA